CUUCCUUCCACUUUCAUCCUGAUUACUUCCUGCUGAUCCAUGCUGCGUCAGAUCGCGUCGCGACUUGCGCUCGUUGCGCUCAUCGCAGCAAUUGGCGCUAUGACCGUGAGCGCCCUUCCCGCAUUCGACGACGCCCGCCUCACCCAUGCCGCCGAUGGACGUCGCUCGACUCCUGCUGGCUCAUCCGUGACAACGCGCGUGGCUGCGCAGCCGGUCUCGUUCUCGGGCUUUGUGGACGACAGCAACCCGCUCGCGGUUCGCUUUGACUGGAGCGGCAUUGAGAUCCGCACCCAGGUCACCGGCGUCACGUCGCUCAGCGUGCUCCUCGCAGACUCUGGCAACCAGUACAAUGUGCUUGUCAACAACCUCAACGUGUCGCGCAUCAACACCCAGGCGACCGCCUCCCCUGUCGCGUACCUCGCCGUCAACCAGCUCAAUCCCGCCCAGACGUACGCCAUCCGCAUCCAGAAGCGCACCGAGGCGUCCGACGGCAUUGCCACGUUCACUGGCUUUGUGCUGCAGAACGACCUCGACGACUCCGAGCCCCAGCUGCUUCCCUACAAGGCCGUCAACACCCGCAAAUUGGUCUUCUAUGGCGAUUCCAUUACGUGCGGAUACGGCAUUGACGGGAACACGCCUUGCCCGUGGUCGUACGACACCCAGGACGUUUACGCGACGUAUGAGGGAGUCAUCUCGCGAGAAUUCAAUGCCGAUGUGUACAUUCAAGCAUGGAGUGGCCGAGGCGUCAUUCGUAACUAUGGCGAGGAAGGUUUCUACUCUGCUAACGGCACGGUGCCGUCCUACUUGUUGCAGUCGGUGGCCAACGACCCGACGUCGACUUGGAACUUUACUCGCUUCACUCCGGACGCCGUGGUGAUCAACCUUGGCACGAACGACGUCAGCGAUCCAGUUUACCGGCCCCCGGAUGGCUCAUUCCUUGCAGCGUACACGAAUUACAUUGCCAAGAUUCGCGACGUCUUCAACGCGCCGAAACUUCCCGUGUUCCUUGUGUGCGGACCCAUGGCUUCGGGCACCAUCUGCAUCGACGUUCUCACUCUCGUCGAGACUGGAGACAACCUGUACUACAUUGACAUGGAGAACAUCAUGAGCCCGGCCGACUACGGCUGCAACGGCCACCCCAACAUCAGUGGUCAUGGAAAGAUGGCUCUGGUUGCCAUUGCCAAGAUGUCUGUGGUGAUGAAUUGGUAACGGUUGGCGUUGUAUGCAGGUUUGAGAGAGAGACAAGCGUUUGUUGGAUCUUUUGCAGUUGUACAUAGCACGAUUGAUGUACUGUCUUGUCAACAUUUUCUUUUUGUCAUGAGUUUCUGAAAGCGUAGAAACCAAUCUGGACACGCUCAGCGUUUGACGCUACCUAGCGUUACAAUAUGGUCAACUAGGUUUCAAACAUAAAAUUCAAUUGAAAAAGAGACCUUCAAUUCAUCGAAUGAGCCGGUGCGGGCAACCAACGCACACCACUUUCG